AAAUGUUGAGACAUUGUCGUCGCAGUCGUCGAUAGUGAUGAACUCGCCAACGCUGUCAGCCUCGGCGGCCAAGCUGAGGAACCGCCUGCCAACGCAGAUGCGGAGAUGCGCCGUCUUAUACCUGGCAUGCCUGUGCUUCAUCCUGCUCAUCCUCAACGCAGACGUGUUCGGCUCGGUGGCGGUCCCGCGACCAAAGUCCACGACCCACAAGCGAAACACGUCGAUCCAGAAGCCAGUGAAGGACGGAUCAAGGGGCAGCACGUUCCCCAAGAAGAUAUGGCAGACGUGGAAGGUCGACCCCCUCUCCUUCGACCAGCGAGACGCCCUGACUGCAAAGUCCUGGACGGUGAAGAACCCGGAAUUCAGAUACGAGGUCCUCACGGACAGCAAUGACCUGACGUGGGUGGAGCAGACGUACGGCCAGGACGGGCUCAACCGGCCGGACAUCGUCGACAUGUACCGCGCCGUCAACGCGACCAUCAUCAAGGCGGACCUCCUCCGGUACCUGGUCAUGUACGCCGAGGGCGGCGUGUACGCCGACAUCGACGUGGAGGCGCUGAAGCCGGUGCGGCGGUUCAUGACGGACCGCUACGACGAGUCGCACAUCGACAUGGUCAUCGGCGUCGAGAUCGACCAGCCCCAGUUCGCCGACCACCCCAUCCUCGGCAAGAAGUCGCAGUCCUUCUGCCAAUGGACCUUCAUGUGCAAGCCCCGCCUGCCCGUCAUGAUGCGCCUCGUCGAGAACAUCAUGGCCUGGCUGGACGACCUCUCAGCCACGCAGGGCGUGCCCGUGCCCGAGAUCCAGCUCGACUUCGACGAGGUCAUUAGCGGCACGGGGCCGAGCGCCUUCACGGCCGCCAUCCUCGACGAGAUGAACCGCCGCCAGCGCCGGACCGGCGGCGGCGCCAUCACGUGGGACCGGUUCCAUGACAUGGACGAGUCGCACCUCGUCAGCGGCGUGCUAGUCCUCGACGUGGAGGCCUUCGCGGCGGGUCAAGGCCACUCCGACUCGGGUAACCAUAACGCUCGCGGCGCGCUCGUCAAGCAUCACUACCAUGCGUCCAACUGGCCUAGCCGACACCCGCGCUUCAGGCACCCCGUCUUCGGAGAGGUCGAGAGAUGUAAUUGGGAUGUUGCCUGUGUGCGUACCUGGGACGCUGAUGUUGAGGCGUUCAAGGCACUGUCGCCGGCUGAGCAGCAGGAGAGGAUCAAGGAGGCGCAGAAGCCGGUGGUGGUGGUGCCGCCGCCGGCGUGAGGCUGGUUUCGG